CCUGCAUGGCUCAUUGUCAGUUUAUCUGGUUUGAAUAGAAAUGGCAGAAGUCCCACCAGCUCCAGCCGCCCCGGCGGCGAAAAGCGCCGCUAAGAAAAAGGCUCCUUCUAAGCCUAAAUCGCCCGGACCGAGCGCCAGUGAGCUCAUCCUCGAAGCCGUGUCAGCGUCGAAAGAGCGCAAUGGCGUCUCUCUGGCCGGACUCAAGAAGUACAUGCUCGCUAAAGGCUACGACGUGGAGAAGAACAAGUCUCGCCUGAAGACUGUCAUCAAGGGGAUGGUGGCAAAGGGAACUUUGGACCAGACCAAGGGCACCGGCGCUUCCGGCUCCUUCAAGAUGAGCAAGAAGGUAGAUAUCAAAACAACAAAAGCGUCCGCUAAGCCAAAGAAGACUCCCGUCAAAGCCAAGAAAGUCCCGGUGAAGAAGCCCGCGCCAAGCAAGAAGCCUAAAGCCACUGCAGCGAAGGCUGCUGUCAAGAAGGCAACUAAAAAGUCCGCGUCGCCUAAGAAGACCAAGAAGCCCGUCAAGAGCGCCAAGAAACCGGCUGCGUCGCCCAAAAAAGCCCCUGCGGCCAAGAAGGCUGUCGCCGCUAAGAAGUCUCCUGCCAAGAAGGCCGCUAAGCCCAGAACGGUCAAGAAGACUGCCGCUAAGAAGAAGUGAAUCAGCUCUGCGUCACACAAAAGGCUCUUUUAAGAGCCACCACAUUUUCAAUAAUGAGUCAAAACGUUCCUCUUUUCAAGCGCUACAACAUGAAAACAAUUGACAAUUGAAUGGG